UUAAUAAUGACAUGGACGAAAUUGGUAACGUCGCUUACCCAAUCUGGCAACGAGGUCUUCUUAAUUUGUGCAGUGAAAAAUUUCUUUCACUUCCACUUGUGGUAAAGCCAGCGCCCCUUGCGGAUUUCGUUCUUUUAGAAGCCAGGAGUGAUUUCAUAUUGAAAUGGUACGAAUGAACGUUUUGGCUGAUGCCUUAAAGAGCAUCAACAAUGCUGAAAAGCGAGGCAAACGCCAGGUUUUGAUCCGGCCGUGUUCUAAAGUUAUUGUCAAGUUCCUGACCGUCAUGAUGAAACAUGGCUACAUAGGAGAAUUCGAAAUUGUUGACGAUCAUCGGGCUGGCAAAAUUGUUGUAAAUCUGACUGGUCGUCUGAACAAAUGUGGUGUUAUCUCACCUCGCUUUGAUGUUCCCAUUCGUGACAUUGAGAAAUGGUCAAAUGAUUUGCUGCCUUCUCGCCAAUUUGGGUAUGUGGUUAUGACAACAUCAGCUGGAAUCAUGGAUCAUGAAGAAGCCAAGAGAAAACAUGUGGGAGGCAAGAUCCUAGGAUUUUUCUUCUGAAACUGUUGGCAACCUUCUAAUAUAUGAUGGUCAAUACACAUUUGGAAGAUGA